AAGAAAAAGGAAGGGAAAGGAGUUACAACAACCAACGUCCAAAAAAGAGAGGAAAGAGGAAACAGAACAUUCAAAUGAGAAAUGAGGAUUUUAGAUUUUUCCCGGUGCGCCAAAAAUGGUCCAAUCCCCAACCCUUGAAGUCUUUAUCAAAGACAAACCGUUUGUGGUUCCGGUUUAUCCAGCACCAGCUCUGAAUCAAUUUGAAGCUCUGCUGUGUAAUGAAAGGGCAUAUGCUGGGGAGAUGGUAGUUGAAUCUGCAAAGGUUUUUGGGGAAGGGAAGGCAGUUGAACAAGGAUUUCCAGAUGAAGCUCAUCUCUUCUUCGGUUCACUUCUUCAUCUCCAGCACCGCACCUCUCCCAUCACGCGGAUCUCUACAAUCAGCGGAUCACAGGUUCAGGUUCAACCUGUAUGUUCACUUCAGCCGAAUACAUUGGCUAUGGACAAUGAUCCUCCUCGGUCUGUUUCAUUGAUAGCUAGUUGAAGACCCGACCGCAGUAAUCACCAAUCCAAAGAUGGGGAGGACCAGUUCCUGGUGAGUGGAAAGCCGUAUCAAGAUUACCAAAUGAAGAUAUUGUGGAAGAAUGGCUUUAUUCGGCUGCUUCUCGUGGCUGGGAUUAUUUGGAUGUUUCUCAUCUGCACUGUGUUGUUAUUUCAUUUAUGGUCUUGCCAAUCAUCUGCAGCUUUCUUUUCAGGUUCCCACUUCCCCAUCAGUUUACCCUACUUCUGCUUAUGCGUUAAUUUGCUUGAAUGUUAAUUUGAAAACAAAUGCAGAACUCAGAA